ACCUGUAUUAUCCAUGAAACAAUACCACCGCAACAUGUGUACGAUCACAAGAUUACUCAGCUACAAGUUGCUGCUACUUACCACCAGCCUGAUGGGGGCGAUCGCAAGCGAGCAAGGCGCUUCGAAUUACGAAACAGUUCACACGAGCAACGCGGCGAUUCUGAAUCGCCUCGGUUUGGCACCGCUUCAGAUCCCCGACGGUCACCACAAGAAACGUUUAGCCGGUCCUGAACCGCCGGGACUGGGUACCCAGACACGGAUCCAUCAGCCGUACAGUCGUCGUCACGGGCAUCGUGACAGUCACGUUUACAUAGUCAAGCUUCCGGCUAGCCCGCCUUAUUACACGAUCACGAAACCGCACAAGUCACCGAAGGACGAGAAGCUAACGAACACUGGGCCAAGUUUCCCCGUAGGUUUUCAGGGAAAUGGAAAACCAGCGAAGAUUUAUCACUGGAAUCUGCCAGUCAUGAAGAGGAUCAGCGAGAAGAAGAGGCUGCAGACCCAGCUGAAGAUCGAUCAGACCAAAAAGAAGCUCGAGGACGCGAAGAAGCAUCAAGGCUCCCCCUCGAAGAAUUUUGAAGAAGUGGUUCGUCAAGGUAUCUCGAAGACUGGCCACGAAGUUCUAGAAAACAAGAGAUACUAUAGCUCAGAGAACAACAAAAUCGUCACGCGUCAGAAGGCAGGAACCUCGAAACACGUGAGGAACAACGACAAGCGACUCAGUUAUCCGGAACACGAGGAUACGAAGGUGGAUUCGUCGUCGUUGAAGAAAACUAACAACAACAAAACGUACAGACUGAACGAUUCAGGCGUGCACAGGAUUCACCUGACGAACGAGCUUCACGGCUCGCGAAACACGGCGAAGGUGAAGAAACACCGGAAGAAGGCGGCCAUGUCGUACUAUGCGCCAAUCACCGGCAAGUCCGGCUCGACCAGCAUUCAUAAGAACUUCCCCGGAAACGGGAAGCCGAAGGCGUUCUACGUGAUGGAGAAGAGUCGCAAACCCGUCUACUAUCAUCCUUUAUUACCUUAAUCCAUCCU